AUGGAUAUAUGUAAGGCACAAGAAAACACGUCCCAGUGCGGCACGGACGCCAUGCCCCUGGAGUGCUUCAUGGUGCUCAGCACGCAGGCGCAGAAAAUCAGCAUUGCCACCUUGUGCUGCCUCUUUGGGACACUCUGCAUUCUGGAGAACUCUUUGGUGCUGUAUCUGAUCUUCUCUUCCCCCACAAUUCGCAAAAAGCCUUCCUACCUCUUUAUCAGCAGCCUCGCCUUGGCUGACAUCCUGGCCAGUAUCAUCUUCGUCUCCAGUUUUGUUAACUUCCAUGUCUUUAAUAAAACUGACUCCUCUAAAGAAUUGUUCGUCAACCCCUCCUUUACAGCCUCCCUGAGCAGUUUGUUGCUGACAGCCCUGGACCGUUACAUCUCCAUCAGCCGCCCCUCCGAAUACAAGUCUCUGGUGACAAGGAGGAGAGCGUGGGUAGCCCUGGGCGUGCUCUGGGGGACAUGUGUGACCGUUUCCUCCCUGCCCCUGCUGGGCUGGAACUGCUGCACGCUCAACUCGGCCUGCUCCGAGCUCUUCCCCUUUGUGGACAACAACUAUUUGUCGAGCUGGAUCUUCCUCGUCGUGGCGCUGCUGGCGUCGAUCGUGUGCGCCUACGCGCACGUGCUGCGCAGGGCCCGGCAGCACGUGGCUUACAUGGGGAAGCACCAAGCGCAGGGCGGGAAGCAAAGCGCCAGGAUGAGGAUGGACGUCAUGCUGGCCAAGACGCUCGUGAUGGUACUCACCGUCCUCAUGGUGUGCUGGUCUCCCGCCCUGCUUCUCAUGGUCUACAGCGUUUUUGGGAAGCUGAGCGAUCCGCUUCGGAAGGUAUUUGCCUUCUGCAGCACCCUCUGCCUGCUGAAUUCCAUGGUGAACCCCAUUAUUUAUGCCCUGCGCAGCAAAGAGCUCUAUUCUUCCCUGAGGAUGGCUCUUUCUCGGCUCAGGAGGCAGCCAAGGGCCACGGAGGACAGCCCUGAAGCAGAGAGCACCCACAAGUCCUCAGCAAUAGAGACUGUCUGUGAAGAAACAUGUGUAACAUAGGGAGGCAGCUGUGGAA